AUGAGGCAACAGGGGUCCUCGGUCCCUCCUGCUCUCUGGGUCCUAGGGUGCCUCAUGCUGCUGCUCUGGCUGUGGGUGUUGUGCACAGCCUGCAACAGGAAGCAGGCACGGAGACAGCUGUCCAGGUUGCAGGGCAGUGCGAUGCCAGCAGAAGUGUCACUGCUAAGACGACCCUACCACUGCUCCCUCAGCAAGUCUGACACCAGGCUGCAUGAACUGCACCGCAGCCAGCCCUGUAGCAGAGCCCCACGGCCUGCCAGCAUGGAUCUCCUACGUCCACAGUACCUGGAGGCAUCCAGAGGCAUGACCAGGCCCCCAGCACCCUUCUCACACCAGGAGCUGCCCCUGGCUGCGCCCUCCACUGGCCUGGAGGCCACCUAUUCCAAUGUGGGGCUGGCAGCAAUCCCCAGGGCCAGGCUGGCAGUUAGCUCUGGGGUGUGGGCAGGGGCACGGCUGACCAGCAGCUAUGCCAGGCCUGGGCCUGAGGCCAGACCUGUGGUAGCUGAGUAUGCUUGUGUCCAGAAGCUCAGGGGAACAGAUCGGGGCCCCCAAGGCCUGGGGCAGGGGAAGGUCGAGGCAACCCCACCCACUCAGGUGGACAUCCUGUAUUCCAGGGUCAACAAACCUAAAAGAAGGGACCCGGGACCUGCCACAGACCAGCCAGACCCCAAAGGUGGGGGAGCAAUUUUGGCUCUGGGGAGUGACCCGGCCUAUGAGGUCCUCCCUCUUGGGGGCCUGGGUAUGGACAAGAGCCUCCUGGAAAAUGUGUAUGAGAGCAUCCAGGAGAUGGGAGCAACUCUGGAGCCCCCCAGCUCCAGCUCCUAUCAGGAAAGGACGUGUUCAGGACACAGAGACACUUCGCUUCCUGUCUAA